CAUCACUAGUUGUUCAGUGAAUGGCCGUGGUGGUGAUAAAUGUUUGUUCUUCGUCCUAAAAUAAUAUUUUUAUGACGAUUGUAACUUCAAACUUACUUCAUCCUUUGUUUUGGUGGUGUUCAAAGGGUGACAAUGCUACGUUUCCUCAGCAGAAGAGGACGCUCUUCGAGCCAGAAUCGCAACAAGCAAGGUCAGAAACCUUCCAUUAACAAAAACCUCAUACAAUGCAAGGUAAUGUUGCUUGAUGACACCGAUUUGUCUAUUAAUUUGUCUAAAAAAGCCAGUGCUGCUGAUCUCUAUGAACAAGUUUUUUAUUCAUUGGACUUAAUUGAAAAAGAUUACUUUGGUUUACAAUUCACUGAUACAAAUAAUGUCAAGCAUUGGUUGGAUCCCACAAAAACUAUUAAGAAACAGGUGAAAAUUGGCCCACCAUAUACUUUACGGCUGAAAGUAAAGUUUUACUCUUCUGAGCCAAACAAUUUGAGAGAAGAAUUGACUAGAUAUCAGUUCUUUUUACAAUUAAAAAAGGAUAUUCUGGAAAGCAAGCUUGAAUGUCCACAUUCUACUGCUGUAGAACUGGCUGCCUUAGCCUUGCAGUCCGAACUUGGAGAUUUUGAUGAAAAUGUGCAUACACCAGCUACUGUUUCAGAAUUUAGGUUUGUGCCUAAUCAAACUGAAGAAAUGGAAAUUGAAAUAUUAGAAGAAUACAAAAAGUGUAAAGGACUUACACCAGCUCAAGCUGAAGUAAAUUAUCUUAACAAAGCUAAGUGGCUUGAAAUGUAUGGUGUUGAUAUGCACAUUGUUUUGGGAAAAGAUGGAUGUGAAUAUCACCUUGGUUUGACACCUACAGGUAUCUUAGUUUUUGAGGGACCCCAAAAAAUUGGUUUAUUUUUCUGGCCAAAAAUAAGUAAACUUGAUUUCAAGAAAAAGAAAUUAACAUUAGUGGUUGUUGAAGAUGAUGACCAAGGUCGAGAACAAGAACACACAUUUGUGUUUCGCCUACACAAUGAGAAAGCUUGUAAACAUCUAUGGAAAUGUGCUGUAGAACACCACACUUUCUUCCGCUUGCGAGCACCAGUUAAAGGUCCAUCUGCCAGACAAAACUUUUUCAGAAUGGGAUCAAGAUUUCAAUAUUCAGGUAAAACAGAGUAUCAAACAACUCAACAAAAUCGCGCUCGUCGUACUGUACAGUUCGAAAGGCGACCUAGUCAAAGAUUCGCGCGUCGCCAGAGUCACGUUUUGCGGGAGCGUGAAAAACAAAAUGUUGCUGCAAAAACUGACACAGCUGUCUCUUCAGAGCCAAGUAAUGAAAUGCCCAGUACAUCUGCUGAAGCAGCAAUAACACUUGUUCCUGAUACUGGCCUUGAUACAUUGUCUAGAAAGAGCAGUGCCAAAUCACAAAAAUCAACCCUCAUUGAUACUGCUGAAACAAAGGCAACAGAAAUCGGAGAGUCGUCUACUAAGAAUUUGCUCCAUGAUGAGCAACCUGAAGAAGUUUUGAUAUCGAAAGAUGAUGCUAUUAGCAACAAAGUAUUAUUUAAUAAAGCAGAAAAGACUGUUCAAGAAGAAAAGAAGAACAAUUUGACUCAACUUGUUAUUAAUAAGCCUUCUUGCAACUGCUCAUCACCAGUUACUGAUUCUAAUCCAUUAAAUGAUCUCUUAAUGAGCUUGGUAAAAGAAAAAUUAAACAAUGAUGAUUCCAAGAAUGAAGUUAAAAAAGAUCAGUUAGAUUCAGUUGAGAAAGAAGUACCCAACAACCAAGCAAAAUGUUACUUGUCAUCCACUAAAGCCCUUCCGCCUGGCCAACUUAAGUGCAAUAACAUUUUAAAAGCUCGCGAAAACGAAGUUAAAAUCAUUAAUGAGUCUACAAAUAUUAAUCUGUCCAUACCAUCUACACCAUCGCCGAAAAUUUUGAAUGAUACUCCCACACCAAAUAAUUCUCAAUAUGUGUCUAUAGUGGUUGUAGAGCCUCCUCACACUCAAGCAAAGGUGUCUUCUCCAAAAUUGCCUGAAAGGAAAGAAGAUGUGACGCCAAAAUCACAGCCGAUAUCUUCACUCUCACCAUGGCUUGUCACUUCAGAGCCUAGUUCGCCAUCAGGCAUCGGAGAAAAGGAAAUAACGAUAAUUCAUCGUAAAUCUGUUAUUACAACUCAAUUGUAGAUUAUUUGUAGGUGAUUUAUCAUUAUGUAGGUAAUAACAGGUGAGCCUAGUUCAAGAUUGUAAGCAUAACUUACUUAUUUAAAAAUAUUAGAUUUAUUUUUUGUUUGAAAGUUAUAUUGCUUUCUAGUUUUAAUAGUGCCUUACGACUUAAGUAACGAUAAAUUUUAUUUAUCAGCGUUGACCAACGCCUAUUGGUGAUAAAAUAAUUUAUUAAGAAAGAAAAUUGUACUUAAUUAAAUAUAUUUUAAUGGUGCUCUCCUACUGUAUGGCCACAGGUAUGGCGAACCGCCAUUGGCGACAUUGGAUGACGAUAAAACAUCAAUGCAAUGUUUUACCUUAUUUGGGUAGUAAAUCGUAAUGAUGUACCUAUGCUCUUGUGCCUUUUAUGUGUAAGAGUUUCAGAAUUACUAUUUUUAC